UAUAUGAGUCACGCACCGAUGUUUUGCCGACUUUCCCCGGCUUGAAAGUUAUUUUUUCUACCUCUAUGUAAGAAUAAAUUAAUUUCUAAUCCAUUCGAAGUCGACACAAUGGAUGUAGCGUUGGUACUUUAAAGACACGGUCCAGUUGUUGGAGCUUUUGUCUUCUUUGUGAAUGAACAUAAACUUCGCAGUGUUUUGGAUGUAGCUGUUAUGCUGUGGACACACACGGCUAAAGCUAGCUGGGCAACUUAUCAACGUCAGGUUCACUAAUGGAGAAUGGCGGACAAGUCCCCUACCCUCCUCCUCCGGCUCAGGCUGAAGAACCCUGUGAUGUUCCGACACAAGUCAGCGGGGAGUUGAAGAAACUGCUGGUGUUUAAAGUUUACAAGAGGAGGUGGUUUGUCCUGCUGGUGCUCUGCCUGUUGAACUGCUCCAACGCUACGUUAUGGCUGACCUUUGCACCAGUAGCAAACCAGUCUGCCAAGUUCCUGAAUGUUACUCUGGACCAGAUCAACUGGUUGUCACUGGUUUACAUGGUGGUGGCCAUACCACUCAGCUUCGUGACCACAUGGAUGCUGGACACCCUCGGCCUGCGGAUCACGCUGAUCCUGGGCUCCUGGUUGAACAUGGCUGGAGCCCUGCUGCGCUUCUUGGCCGGGACACUGUACAACAGUAACCUCUCACACCGAUACCCCUUAAUGAUGACGGGUCAGACUCUCGGUGCUCUGGCCCAGCCCCUCAUCAUCUUCGCUCCCACCAAACUCGCUGCUCUCUGGUUUCCCGACCACCAGCGGGCCACAGCGAACAUGAUUGCAUCUAUGUCCAAUCCCCUGGGGCUCCUCCUCGCAAACGUCAUCUCCCCUUUAGUAGCUGAAACAUUUGGUAUCACCUCACUGAUUCUAGCCUAUGCAGUCCCAGCGGGCAUCAUUUGUUGCCUAGCAACAUUGGGUAUACGGAGCAGUGCCCCUCCCACUCCACCAUCAGCCAGCGCCGAGUCCUCCACCUCUGAGCCUUUUGUACAGGGCAUCAAACUGUUAAUGAUAAACAAAGCCUACCUCAUCCUCCUGCUGUGCUUUGGGGCAGGUAUUGCCUGUUUCACCUGCUUCUCCACACUACUGGACCAAAUCCUCUGUGUGACGGGAUACUCCAAUGACUUUGCCGGUUUGUGUGGCGCUCUCUUCAUUGUGUUCGGCAUUGUGGGGGCCGCUGCUCUGGGUCUGUAUGUCGAUAAGACCAAGAAGUUCAUUGAAGUCACCAAGAUCAACAUGAGCUUCAGUGCACUGGCCUGCAUCGCCUUUUCAGUGGUGUCUCUGUUGCGGGAACAGAACGCCGCCGUGGCUGCUGUCUGCUCUCUCUUUGGCUUUUUCGGUUUCUCCAUCUAUCCGGUUGCCAUGGAGCUGUCCGUGGAGUGCUCCUAUCCGGUCGGAGAAGCUACAUCAGCCGGACUUAUCUUCAUAUCAGGACAAAUUCAGUCUGUUCUCUACAUAAUCCUCCUUCAGGCUUUCACCCAACCACUCGCUGAGUCUCCUUUGUCAACCUGUGGAGACUCAGUAAAGAGCUGGAAAGUGUCUUUGAUGGUGAUGGCCGGACUGUGCAGCUUUUUCACCUGUUGCUUCGUCAUCUUCUUCAACACACGGUACAAACGACUGGAGGCUGAAGAAAAAGCCACAUACAGGACCAAAAAAAACUACGGCACAAACGUCACUGAGCACACUCUAUCUGUGAAUACAUGAUGGAAUGGCGAGGAGUUAAAAAUGGGGCAGGUUUAGUAAGGUACGACUUAUGGGUAAAAUAACUUAAACAAGAGACAUUUCCUCAAUACUUUGGUGCAAUGUUGGGGCCAAACCUUUUUUUUUUAUGAAAUAUUUACAAUAACCUUGAUAUUGUAGCUACUGAGAAGUAUUCUUAAAAAUAUGAAAUUCCUGUAAAUAACUUCUGUAACAGCUGUAGGUGAAGUCUGCAGACCUGGAAAAGCAUCUAAAUCAAUCUUCCUGUAUUAAUUAUAUGUAUUUAUGUGAUUUUUAUAGCAGUUUUAGACAUUGUUAAGCCUUCUCUUAUUUCAGUGCAUUUGUUGUGAUUUAUUUUUUGUUUACUAACACCAGAGCAAACAUACAAGACAUGCAUUUUGUUCCUAAUUGUGCAUUAACCAUUUUUUUAUUCUCAGGAACUGACAACAAAAAGCUGAGUUUGACUAUUGAUGAUUAGUAAAAUAUUUCCUGGUCUGAAAAAUCUCCAUAGGCACAUAUCUGGAGGACCCAGAAAUGCACUUUUUUUUUUAAUUGUAUGGCACUAAAGCCACUAAAAAAAGUACUAUUUCCUAACACAGUGUAUAAAAACACUCACUUUACAUGUUGCUUAUUGAGAACUUACUACAUAUUUAAACCCUGAGAAACAUAUAUAAAGACCAGUUUUUAUCCAAAGGCCAAAUGUAUCAUAUAUAUAUCAUUAAUUUACACACAGGGUUCCUACACAAUGACACAAAAAAGUAUCAGUAUAAAGUAAAAGUAGUGUAUUUCUACAAUAUAAAACUAAUUUCCUAAAAGAAUACAUUGGUCAUACAUGCAGUGUUUUUUCAUGGUUUGAUGUUCAUCUGUACCUGUUGUAGCUACACAAUACUGGCAAUUAAUUGACAACACAAUAGCACACACAUACAGUCGGAACAUAACACAAUGUGUAUGUGUAGCUGAAUCUUAAACACGUAUAUACACACAUAAGCAUUGAGUUCUACUGAGAGGUCUGGAAAUCCGAGUCUGAAAAGGUGCAAUUUGAGAUGUAGAAUGUGUAGGAACCCUGUAAGAAUAACCACUAUUAAUAAUGUAAACAAUAUAUUUGAAUGCUUUUGAUUACCAUUGAUUUGUAAAGGACCUCAGACACUGAUAUGACAGGAUCUUAACGUUUUAAAGAAGCUCCAGUUUUGUUUUUGUGCAAUAAAAAGGAAGAGUCUAAUUUGCACACUAAUUCAAAAUGCAAAUAGAGAUUAUGUAAAUGAUGGAUUAUGUAUGCAUUGUAACAUGAUUUUUUUUUUUGUAGACUUGAACCUUCUUUCACAUGUUCAAUAAAUUUCAUAAUUAAAGCCAAGAACCAAAAAAAAACCACAAACAAAAAAAAA